UUCCUCCUGAGUCAGGCAGAGGAGAGGAAGCAGGCAGAGCAGCAGGGAAACUAUCCAUUUGCAGAAAUGAGCGCCAAUCACUUUGAGGCGGAGAGGAUUCCAUUGAUGACUGAAGAGAGGCCACUGAGUGUCAGAACGGUGGUGGAAAGACCUCCUCAUCCAUCUUUUAAUGGUGGUGGAAGGGAAGCAGCAGCUAUGGAACCAGAUCAGGGUCCAGUCUGCUUUGAAGAUGUCACUGUCCAUUUCACAGACGAGGAGUGGGCCUUGCUGGAUCCUGACCAGAGAGCUCUGCAUAAAGACGUCAUGGAGGAGAAUCGUGGGAUUGUGGCCUCUCUUGGUAGUGAUGAAAUGGAAAUUAAGAACAAGAGGGACCAUGAUAAAAACCACACAGUGCAGAGGCCAUAUAAAGAUUUGGAGCAUGGAGAGAGCUUCAGUCAGCACUUUAUUUCCAUUUCCCAUCAAAUAAAUCCCUUUGGGAGGAAACCCUAUCAGUGCUUGGAAUGUAGAAAGAACUUUAGUCGGAAGGAUAGUCUGACUUCCCAUCAAAGAAUUCAUAGAGGGGAGAAA